CAAGCGAGGAAGCCCUACGAUGUGCGAGACGUGAUCGAGCAGUAUUCCCAGGGUCACCUCAACAUGAUGGUCCGCAUCAAGGAGCUGCAGAGAAGGCUGGAUGGCACUCUUGGGAAGCCAGGAAUGUUUCUUCCAGGAAAGGGAGAAGAUAAAGAGUACCAUACCAUAGGAGCCCGAAUGAUCAGACUAGAAGAUAAGAUCCACCAGAUGGACCUGAAAAUGGACUCGGUCCUGCAGGUCCUGAAGGAGCAGUUCCCACCCAAACAAGAGCUGACGUCCAAGCCGUCCAUCCGCAGGGUGACCAUCCAGAAACGCAGCGGCGCCAGCAUCGACGAGGUUCCCUGAUGCCACCCUCCUAUCAAAGGACUCCAAACUAACGGGGAGUGUCCGUCUUCCAGAUCGUCCUCCUUUUUUGCAUUUUUUUCCUAAAGUCAAACAUAUACCACUGACUUUUGCCCUUCAGAAACAAGAACUAACCGUCAGUGUGGGUCAAACAUCACAGAGAGUGAAACUCGGACCAUAGAAAAUCUCUUCUUUCAGUCACUUUUAUUCCUUCACCAACCAGCUUCCAGUGAAGUCAAAGCACUUAGUGCAUUCAUAGCACUCCACUUUCUGCAAAACCCCGAGAAUCAGUCCAGCCGGGGCAGAAAUAUGCAUCAAAGCCCUCUGAUUAUUUUGGCGAUGUGAGCACCAACACAACGGGAUUAUUUCCACAGGAACCAGCAGAACCAAAGGUCGGCUGUUUGUUGGUAGUUAUCAAAUAACCCAAAUGGAGAGGGAGAAGAGGCCAGAAAUGUUCCUUUAAAACUUUAAACUUUGUCUGAUGUCUGAGGGGUUCAAGAGGGUUUCAUGAGGUGGCUACGGUGGCCUUGAAGUGUAAAUCACAUCCAACAAAUCACGCAAAACAAAAACUUAUUAAAGAAAAAGAAAACAGUUUAGAAAUCAAAAUAAAAUUCCAAAAACUGAAACAAAAUAAAAAA